AUGGCCGAGACAAAAGAUAUUCCUCCUGGGUCGUACAUGCUAGAACUCGGAAAAACAUUCACUGAUCAGCGGCGGACGAUGGACCGUCCUACCACACUUUGCGAUGAUCAAAGAAGGAAGCAAAAAGCUAAAGAAUGCCUGCUGUUCUUCGACAAAAAAACUGGGAAGGUUCGACUGGAAAAAAUAGCUUCCAAUAUUAAUGUGAAGAAAACAAGGGAUUUGGACCCAUCGACAGAAAGCGUUCUACGAUCCGAAAUGGCCCGUUUACGGACUGAUCGCAUUGAACGUCCACCUCCUCCUGAGCCAAGCAGCUCUUCAUUCCCAGGAGCUGAUAGCAGCAGUUCUUCCGACUCUUCAAGUGAUGAUAGCGACAGCGACAGUGGAUCCGAUGAUGAGGAUCGAGGCAAGAAUCGUCAUGAUUCGAACUCAAGUAUGGCUGACAGUGAUGUUGAAAGCCAUCUUCUCGAAAGCAUGAAGACGUCAGCUGCUCCUUCCACAACAUUUUCCGUAGAAAGCAUUGAUAUGCCAUCGCUCGACUCCAUUUCGCAACCACCACCUGUCAAUACUUCUCUGCAAAAUAGCUUUGGUUCAAGGCACACCGCAAAAACAGAUCAUCGAGAUCUUGGUUUGAAUCUGAGUGAAAGUUCCGACGAUGAUGAAUGA